UUGGCUCCAGCCGGUUCCAACCCCCCCCCCCUCUUCUUCUUAUCCCAUUGUAACUGGAGUCUGAAAUAAUGGCGAGCCGUUGGGCAGUGGGGCAACUCUGGUGGAAAAGAGACUCCUCGGCAGCCGAAGUCCACGAGAAAUGCAGCCAGGUAUCCAAACAUGAAGAUGAAAAAAGGCAGUGUGAAGCAGGGUCAUUAUCAGAAGAUGAUGAAGAAACUUUGUCUUGGCCUGGACUCAAACUGAUAGCUUUACGAAGAUCACCAAUAGGUUUUGGUUUUACCUUAAGACAUUUUAUUGUUUACCCCCCAGAAUCUGCUAUUCAGAUAUCUUUAAAAGAUGAAGAGAAUGGAAAUAAAAGUGGUAUGUUUUCUGUCUUAUAUUUAACUUUCCACUUUUUUGUGAAUACUUAGAAUAUAUGUAUGAAAUAUUGGUAGUGUUAUUUAAUUUGUAUACGAAAUUUGUACAUGUGCAUAAGCUGUGUAGCAUUUUCUGCCUACCAAUAAGACUCCCAAGUAUUUCCCUUUUUCCUCUUGUAAAAUUUAGUAUUAAAAGACAAGAAAAAUAAUCUGCCCGUCCAUUCAUGAAUUGAAGAAUGGGUAAAACUUUACUUUUUCCUCUAUCUUUUACUCAAAAGUAAUUUACAUAACAUUUUAUGUUAACCUGUAUAUAAAGAUACUAAUUGGAAAGUUAUACAGCUCAUGAAAGAGAUACAUAUAACCUUAAAAAUUACAUUUGCUGAAUUCAGAGUAGUUAGCAGGCUGGGAAAUAUCUACAUUUCCGCAAGUCUUCGACUUUUGCCCUUAACUCUAACUCUGACAAGUUUUAAUCAUAUUCAGUUGUAGAUAUUAAAAAUAUUUUAUAAUUAUUAUGAAACUGAAAAUUAUUAUAAGAGUACUAGCAUAUUAUAUGUAAGUAGAGUUAAACAUUAUACAGGCAGUCCCUGUGUUAAAAAUGAAAUUUGUUCCCAAGUUUGUCUGUAACUCAGAUUUGUAUGUAAGUGCACCUUCCUCAAGGCAAUGAAUUG